AUGGAAGAAAGCCCAGUUUAUCCGUUUAUUACCUUGCCUGAAGGUCAAUUUACUAUAGUUGAUGGGUUUUUGAUCAACCUAAAUGGUAAAGCACUAAACCCUGAUUUAACUGGGGGUAUAGAAAUUGUAGAUGAAAGUUGCUCAGCAUUUUUUCGUGAAUAUAGCAUCUACAACUCGCUGAGAAGGUUGGAAAAAACUGCAAGUAACUAUUUUUUAACAAGGCACUCAAUGUUUUUUCGGUUGAUGGGGAUCAAAGACUAUGUUACAUUCGUCAAGUCAAGGGAAAAGUACUAUUGCAGAAAAUGCGAUAGAAGUAACGCGACACAUGCAGCAUUUACUGUGAAGUUUUUUGGAGGAAAGAAACCAGUACGAGCGAAAUAUAUUGUGUUUGAAAGAGCUUUGGAGAACAGCACCUGUGACCUUUCGGAACUAUACAGGCAGCAGUAUACAGAGCUUGAGCGCACAGAUCUUUCAUUAAAACUGGGAAAACGUUCUUGGUUGACAAGAAAUAACGGACAAAAGGACUCCUUUAACAUAGAGUACAUGAAAGAAGAAGAGUUGUUAAAAAAGAUCAAAUCGCCCACAGUGAAUUUUCUACCGCCUUUGAAUAGAUAUUCGGAGAGGCCUAAAGUAGUGAGUAGGGCAUCAUUGAAAAAAUUUCAAGAAAAUCUUUUACGGCAUUGCGAAUUGAUCAGUUGCUGGAAAUUGAAAAAACUGAUAGAAUUACUCAAGAUAAGUAAAGAGCUUAUAGGUCUUAUUUUUGACGUGCAGCCACUUUAUCUGGAGGGCUUAAAACAAAUUAGGAACAAUUUGAAAUUUAUAGAUCAAAGACUAUUCUUUGUUUUAAUGCGAACACCUUGCUCUGGCGCCACUCUGCUUAAGAUUUUGUCUUUAGAUAAUGUUAUUUCUUCCUCGAAUGCGGAAGACGCAAAGCCGGAAACCACAAUUAAUCAGCCGAGCGAGCCGAAGCAUAUUAAAUCGGAAGAUAAUUCUGAGCAGCGACAUGCAAUUGACAAUAGUGUUGACCCUUCCCAUUAUUUUUUGAGGGAACUUACUCUAUUCUGCAGCUAUACUGAGCAAAGCAAAAUAUACAUAAAAUGUUUUUUUGAAGCGAAAGAAAAAUACGGUAAAAAAAUGGGAAAUUAA